GCCAAGAUGGCGGCCCCCACGGGAAGGGCGUGCGCGGUGCUCCGAGGGGCCGCGCCGUGAAACGGCUGUUUGCUUUGCGGCUGCUUAUCGGGAGGGGCAGGCGGAGGGAAUUUUCCCGGUGGCGAUUUGAAGGAUUAAUUGAGGGGAGGACGAAGGAAGCGCUGGCCCCGCCUGCUCGCUGAAAACGAAAAUGGCAGGAGAGAUCCUUGAUCCUCUCUUGAGGAGAGAGAAACGCCAAGCAAGAGACCGGUCUGAGAUUCUGCGAGAAAGGUUUGAGCGGCUUCCAGAAAAAGACAAGAGUUUAUUUCGAACGGGAUCCUUCUUCCUUGCGUUCAACUCAAGCUUGUGCGGCUUAAUAGCAGACAACUAUCUGAGGAGGGCCCUGAACGUAACCCAGGCUCGGCUUGCGUCCACUCUGCCCAUGGUGUUCUUGCCGUUCGCCUCAACUUUGGUUGUUUACGAAUUUUGCAUUUCCCAGCCUUUAAUGCGAGGUGAUCUAAACUGUGCAACUUGUGCCUCAGUCAGAGGAGGAUUAAUUGGAGCCUUUAUGGGUUGUGUGUAUCCUGCACUCACAGCUAUUCCGCUGUGUGGAAGUCUCGCAGCUAGGUAUUCCACAGCUCCUCUGCCAAGUAAGGAGAACAUGUUCCGGUACUGGAUGGCAGUUUGUAAGCCAGCUUACAAAAAGCUGAGGUUUGCUGCACUCCUGCAAGCUGCACUGGGUACCUACUUGGGCACAAAGAAUUAUGAUAUAUAUAUCAAAAUGCUUCAGUUGCCUGAAGCUGGGAGGGAUCCUGAAGAACUCAUUGAAUAAAAUGACAAAAUUU